GAACCCUAUAUCAUAAAUCUUUGUCUUAGAGAGUUUUUAGCAUAUUAAAUUUCCCUUUUUCCUUCGACAUUCCGUUAUAUAUACUUACAAAUUAAUCCCCCAAAGUGAUCUUCAUACAUUGAACCAAAAUCUUAAAAAUAAAAUUUACAAGAUUCAACACACAUAUAGAUGGAGGCCACAAACAAAUUAGGAACAGAAAAUGUUGUAGCAUCUGAAAACCAAUUGGAAAUACCCUUAUUAGAAGAUGAACUAAUUGUUGAAAAACCAAAGAAAACACCAGCACAAAAGGUCAUUAGAAAAACAUUCAAGAAAACAGCCAUUUUAGCCAAUCUUUUACCCUCAGGUUCUGUUCUUGCAUUCCAAAUUUUAUCACCAGUUAUAACACAUGAAGGCCAAUGUCAUUCCUCAAUUAGCCAUUCUAUGACAUUAGGCCUUUUAGCCUUUUGUGCAAUCUCUUGUUUUUUCCUUAAUUUUACGGACAGUUUUCGCGACGAAAGGGGAAAGGUUCGUUAUGGAUUGGCCACAUUCAGAGGUUUAUGGAUUAUUGAUGGAUCAAAUAUUAUCAUUCCUCCUGAGGAAGCAACAAAAUAUAAGUUGAGAUUUUUGGAUGUGUUUCAUGCCUUGUUAUCUAUACUUGUUUUUGGUGCUGUCGCGGCGUUUGAUCAAAAUGUGAUCAAAUGUUUGUAUCCUUCUCCAUCACCAGAAACUCAAGAGGUUCUUGCAAUUCUGCCUAUGGCUGUUGGCGUAAUUUGCACAUUGCUGUUUGUUGCAUUCCCUACAACUCGCCAUGGAAUUGGCUUUCCUCUUUCACGUCGUUAGGGAUAUACUCAUUUCUUUUGUCUUAUUCAAUUUGGUUCUUCUUAACUAUUGAUGUACAUGGGCCUAAUCAGUGGCGGAAUCACAUUGGCCCGGGGAUGGUCAUAUUGAAUCCUCUUUGCCAAAAAAUUAAUCUUCCUCUUUAUGUAUGAAAUUACAGAUAUAUAGUGAAUGUACGAGCUCUUUUAACUUUGAAACAACUCCCUUUGUACUUUCCUUCAUGGGGGAGAUAGAGAAUUUUUUUUAUAGAUAAUUGCUGAUACAGGCCGACCGAGAUCCCAACAAUCAAAUUACUGUGUUCGUUCCUCACCUCCUUCGGAUCAAAUAUAUUCUACGAUGUGUAGAGGCGGGAGAAAGAAAGGAGGAAUUGAUCGACCAACUUUAUAUAGGUGAAUUGUUUUUAAUGUGUAUGUAUCAAUUGUUGAAUCCUAUAAGCACAAGGAACGUUACCAUAGAAAACGGGAUUCAAGAUAUGUUUUAGGUCAUGAAUUUGAUUCUCAGUUGACAUUUUAGUUGGC